UCCCACUCGCCUUUCCGCUCCGCGUUUCAGCUGAGGGGCUGCACGCGCACGUCGCGCUACUGAUAGCCACUUUACACUCAGCGUGGAAAGUCAGCCUCUCUCUCUCCCUCUCUCUCUCUCCCCUCUCGCUUUCUCUCUUACGCACAUACAUUGUCCUCCUUGGGCAAGCUAACAGGGAGGUGUUAACUACUUUUACUUGUCGUUAUCUCCGGUGCCGCGGCGCACGAGCCACCGCUACUGCUAUUUGGCAAAAAAGUUUUGGGUUUGUUGUGAGGAUAAAAAAAAAAAAAGAAGACGGAGAUCGAAAAGGUUCCACAGAAGUAGUGGAUUCUCCCACGAAGACUUUGACCACAGGAAGAUGAGGAACCCGCUGUGACAACCAACCCUCACGACAGACUCCAAUUAAAGGGCUUCAACUCCAGAUUCAACCGGACAGAAUAAGGCAAAGCGUAGAACAUCCCUGACAGAAGAAAGUCCAUUCCAACACCUGUUACAGAACUAAAGUAGAUUUUAGCUCUGCUGAAGAGUAAUGAACUAAAACCGCAAUCGGAGCCAGAUAGCUUACUGACCUGCAAGACUCACGAUUCUUAUUGGAGACCCUUUCCACAGGGUCUGUUUUCAGUUUCUCUGAGGAGGAAACAGUUCCUCCGCUUCCUCCUAAAAUCUUCUCAACCAAUCUCAUCUACUUCAACAUGGACCUCCACAGAGCAGCAUUCAAGAUGGAGAGUUCCUCCUACUUGCCAAACCCCCUGGCUUCUCCAGCCCUCAUGGUCUUGGCUUCCACUGCUGAAGCUUCUCGCGAUGCUUCUAUUUCUUGCCAGCAACCACGCCCAUUUGGUGUCCCCGUUUCUGUCGAGAAAGAUGUUCACUUGCCAUUUAAUAAUGGUUCGUACACCUUUGCGUCAAUGUAUCACCGCCAAGGUGCUGUCCCACCAGGUUUCCCCAACAGGGACUUUCCUCCAUCCCUCCUCCACCUCCAUCAUCAGUUUGCUCCACCUAAUCUGGACUGCUCACCAAUCAGCAUGUUGAACCACAGUGGCGUUGGGGCCUUCAGGCCCUUUGCGUCUCCUGAGGAUCGAGAUGGAGUACCAGGCGGGUAUCAGUCUGCCUUCACCCCAGCUAAGCGCCUCAAAGGCUGCAUGGAUCCAGACGCUUCCCCCCAUCUCCGUUAUUCUGAUGCUGAGGGUAAAGAAUAUGACUUUGGUGGCGCCCAGAUCCCACCCGGGAGCUCACCAAGCAGCGCCCUGAAGGCCGUAGAGGACAGCGGAAAGAAGAUCUUUGCUGUGUCUGGCCUCCUUUCAGACCGAGAGACUUCCUCCAGCCCUGAGGACCGCAUGGAACGCUGUAAGAAGAAAAUGUCACUGUAUGACAGCCAGGCUCCAAUCUGCCCCAUCUGUCAAGUGCUGCUCAGGCCCGGCGAGCUACAAGAACACAUGGAAACAGAGAUUGAAAGGCUAGCCAACAUGUGCCUUAGCAGUAAAAUCCCUUCGCCAAAGGAUGGAGCAGUCACUCCAGGAACUCCUAAGUCAAUGCUGUUAUCAGUGCACAUCAAGCGUGAGGGAGAGUCUCCCGUGGUCUCGCCAUUGUCGUCUGACGACGCCCACCACUCGGACAGAUAUCAGACAUUUUUACGAGUUCGUGCAAACAGACAAACACGGCUGAAUGCCCGUAUAGGAAAGAUGAAGAGGAGGAAGCCUGAGGAUGGGGGCCAGGUAUGUCCGCUGUGCAGUGCCCCAUUGGCUGGGAGCGAGGAGGAGAUGAGUAGGCAUGUGGAACAAUGCCUCAUCCAGCGUGAGGGUGUGCUAGGCGAUGACGACUCCGUGGAUAUGGACGGCGACAGUGGACGUGGUUUUGAAGAGUACGAGUGGGCGGGACAGAAGAGGAUCAGAGCUACUGCACUUCUGGAGGGAGGCUUUAGAGCCACCGGUUUUGCGACAUGCAGUAUUAAAGAGAGUGGUGCAGACAGCGACGCAGACCUUGACGUAGAUGGAGACGACACGUUGGAGUACGGCAAAGCGCAGUACACCGAGGCUGACAUCAUCCCAUGUUCGGGAGCUGGAGAGGACCAAGGAGAAGCCAGAGAGCGAGAAGCAUUACGGGGAGCUGUGCUCAACGGAGGCAUGCCCUCAAACAGAAUAACGCCCGAGUUCUCCAAAUGGGCGAGUGAUGAGAUGCCAUCAACGAGCAAUGGUGAGAGCUGCAAAAUGGAGCCAAGCACUCCGUCGUCCUCCACUCCUUCCGCCGCCUGCGUCCCACGCACCUGUAAAAACAGUGAGAUUGAGAAAGUAACUGAAGAUGAGUCCACAGCUACCACCAUGGAGGCUCUGAAAGCUCGAAUCAGAGAGUUGGAGAAGCAGAUACUGAGAGGAGACCGAUACAAGUGUCUCAUUUGCAUGAGGAAGCCUGCUAUCCAGUCAGGUGUGGAAAUCAAGAGACUAGGGGCAUGGCCAGGGCCCCGCCCUUUGGCCAGUGAGGUCAGAGAGAGGCAGCCUAAGUCCCUCCCCCUUGGCUUGUACUACCUGUACAGGGGCCUUGUGAUUGGUGGCUACGGCAGCAGCAUAAAGAGGCUCCUUCCACAGCCUCUACGGAGGGAUUCCUACACGAUGCCACUCACCUCCAUACAGUGCUGGCAUGUCCACUGUGAAGAAUGCUGGCUCAGGACUCUGGGGAACAAGAAGUUGUGCCCUCAGUGCAACACCAUCACCUCACCCGGGGACCUGCGGCGUGUCUACUUGUAAAGAGAGCACCUCCAUGCAUCGGCCACCACCGUGGAUUUCAUUGUCAUUUUGUUUACCCCACCCCGGCAAUUCUGUGGACCAGGAUGUUGAUGCCAAACCUUCCCAAAAAAAAAAAAAGAAGUUGAGCUGACUAGACUGAACAAAGGACACGAGCAGCGCUCACUGUCUCUUGCCGCCCUCGCGCACCUUCCCACAGUAACAUGGGGAGACUGGACGUUCCUCCACGAUAUUGGAUGUCAUCUACCGAUGGACAGUUAUUCGGCGGAUAUCCUCACACAUGUGACUCACCCACUUUAGCCCUGCUGAAAACUAUUAGCUCAACCGCAGAUGGACAUGUUAAAAAAUUCGGACCAACCAGACCCUCAAAACUGAUCAUGUGCCCUUUUUCAACAUCCCAGUGGACUCCACUCAUAGGUUGACCAGAAAAAAAUUUGAUUUCCCUUAUGUAUGCAGAAACAAAAUUCUAGAAGAAGCCAGUCCAUGACAACUGAGCUUUCAGACCAACUAAGAAGAAUCUCCCAGUCAUAAUCGCGAGGUGGACUCGUGCUCUGCCUCGUGUCUAGAUAAUCCCCUACCUCUUUUUUGUUUGUUUGUUUCUUAAGGAAUGCAUACUCCCCCCUCCCCCAUUGAAGAUGCAAUUCAAGCACAUGUAAUUACGGUUGUGUAUGUUUACAAAGUUAGAGUUUAAACAUUUUGGGGUACACGCACGGAACACAAAUGCAUACAGUUUUCUGAGCAGACACGCAGGUGUGUACAAUAUUUAAGUUGCGUUUUUGGUCCGAAUAUUUUGGGUAAAAAAUGGCUGGAAUUAAAGAAGCCUUCUGUAUUUUCCAAAAACAAUACGGUUUGAACAUCUUCAUUGUACAGAAAAAAAAAUAAAACUACUCAAAAGUAGAUGGUCAAGAUUUAGGUGUACUUCUGCAGAAUACCUAAUUGAGUGUAGCACUAAAAAAAAAGUCAAGUGAUGAUCUUUUGUUUGUUUUUAUGGUUGGGAGAAAUUCCUACUUUCCACGACUUCACGCCAAACAAGCAGGACAAUAGAACUGAGCUGCUGCGUUUGGUUUUCUUGGAUUUAUCUUUUUUCCAACUCCAAAAACUCUUCACUUGGAAAUACAGAUCCUUAAGUUUCAACAGAAUGAUUCUCACCAAAAGUCAUUUUCCUUCAUUCUCAUACUGCUUCGCUGCAACGGUCAAAAAAAGACAACCUGAAGAUACCAAACUUUUCUAGUUCAAUGAGUGCAAGCCUCUAGAAAAAGAGGAGCGGCUCUUGCUGAACUGGCAGCAACCUGCAGCUUAACCCUGCCCCUUAUCCUCCGGCAGCAGCAGCCAAGGUGGUGGUGUGCUUUGUGUUUGUAAAACUAUGUAUUCUGUGGCGUCUGUAUUGUUGUUAAAAUUGCUGAAAAAAUAAAAUAAAACAUUCUUAAGUAA